CGGGGCCCGGGGGGCUGCAGGCCUGGUCGGGGCCCGGGCGGGGGGCGCCAUGGCGGCCGCCGAGACCAAGAUCAUCUACCACCUGGACGAGCAGGAGACGCCCUACCUGGUGAAACUGCCGAUCCCGGCCGAGCGGGUCACCCUGGGCGACUUCAAGGGCCUCCUCAACCGGCCCAACUACAAGUUCUACUUCAAGUCUAUGGACGAUGAUUUCGGGGUCGUGAAGGAAGAAAUCUCGGAUGAUAAUGCCAAGCUUCCCUGUUUCAAUGGCCGGGUGGUGUCCUGGCUGGUGUCUGCGGAGGGGUCGCACUCAGAUGGGGGAUCUGUCUGUGCCGAUAACCAGCCGGAGUUGCCGCCCUCUAUGGAGCGUACCGGGGGCAUUGGGGACUCCAGGCCUCCCUCCUUCCACCCCAACACUGGGGGGAGUCGGGAGAACCUGGAUAACGAGACGGAGACAGAUUCAGUGGUUUCAUCGCAGAGGGAGAGACUUCGCCGGAAAGAUGGACCUGAGCAUGCACCCAGAGUGAAUGGGACGGCAAAAGGAGAGCGGCGCCGAGACCUAGGCGGGUACGAGAGCUCUUCCACUCUCAUGAGCAGCGAAUUGGAGACCACCAGCUUCUUCGACUCGGAUGAGGAUGACUCCACUAGCAGGUUUAGCAGCUCAACAGAACAGAGCAGCGCCUCGCGCCUGAUGAGAAGGCACAAGCGACGCCGGCGGAAACAAAAGGCCCCACGCAUUGAGCGGUCGUCGUCCUUCAGCAGCAUCACGGACUCAACUAUGUCUCUGAACAUCAUCACAGUCACUCUAAACAUGGAGAAGUACAACUUCUUGGGCAUCUCCAUCGUGGGACAGAGCAACGAGCGUGGGGACGGUGGCAUCUAUAUUGGCUCCAUCAUGAAGGGGGGCGCAGUAGCAGCCGAUGGCAGGAUCGAGCCGGGAGACAUGCUCUUGCAGGUGAACGAUAUCAACUUUGAGAACAUGAGCAACGAUGAUGCUGUGCGCGUGCUGAGGGAGAUCGUGCACAAGCCAGGGCCAAUCACCCUGACUGUGGCCAAGUGCUGGGACCCCAGCCCCAGGGGCUGCUUCUCGUUACCCCGGAUUGCUCCCCAGCGGAUCUGGGCUGGGCCAGACUCUCCAUGCUCCGAUCCGGGUGAGCCCAUCCGACCCAUUGACCCGGCAGCCUGGGUUUCCCACACGGCAGCGAUGACUGGCACCUACCCGGCGUACGGUAUGAGCCCAUCCAUGAGCACAAUCACUUCCACCAGCUCCUCCAUCACCAGCUCCAUCCCAGAGACCGAGCGCCUCGAUGACUUUCACCUGUCCAUCCACAGCGACAUGGCCACCAUCGUCAAAGCCAUGGCCUCCCCCGAGUCAGGUCUGGAGGUGCGUGACCGCAUGUGGCUGAAGAUCACCAUCCCCAAUGCCUUCAUUGGUUCAGACGUGGUGGAUUGGCUCUAUCACCAUGUGGAAGGUUUUACAGAUCGGCGAGAAUCCCGCAAGUACGCCAGCAACCUGCUGAAGGCCGGCUACAUCCGACACACUGUGAACAAGAUCACCUUCUCAGAGCAGUGCUACUACAUCUUUGGAGACCUCUGCGGCAACAUGGCUAACCUGUCCCUGCAUGACCAUGACGGAUCCAGCGGAGCCUCAGAUCAGGAUACAUUGGCUCCACUCCCCCACCCAGGAGCCGCACCGUGGCCCAUGGCUUUCCCAUAUCAAUACCCACCGCCUCAUCCAUACAACCCCCACCCAGGAUUCCCUGACCCAGGCUACAGCUAUGGUGGGGGCAGUGCAGGCAGCCAGCACAGUGAAGGGAGUCGCAGCAGCGGUUCAAACCGCAGUGGCAGUGAGAGGAGAAAGGAGAGAGACCCGAAGGCUGGCGAGUCCAAGUCGGGUGGCAGUGGCAGUGAAUCGGACCACACCACCCGGAGCAGUAUGCGGCGGGAGAGGGCAGCCAGUGAGCGCUCGGUGCCAGCCAGCCAGCGCAGCCAGCACUCCCUAGCUCACAGCAUCCGCAGCCACCACAGCCAACAGUCGUAUGGGCCGCCUGGCCUGCCACCCCUCUACAGCCCGCCCAUGCUGCUGAUGCCUCCGCCGCCUUCUGCCAUGGGGCCCCCAGGAGCCCCGCCGGGCCGUGACCUGGCCUCUGUGCCCCCUGAACUGACGGCCAGUAGACAGUCGUUCCGAAUGGCCAUGGGCAAUCCCAGUGAGUUCUUUGUGGAUGUAAUGUGAAGCACCCGUCCCCCUGUCUGUCUGCUGCCCUCGUCGGUUUGUCGUCUAGGAACAGCCCUGGCUUCACUUUGUUUUUUUUGUCUUGAUAACUAAAAAAGGGAAAAAUAAACUGAACUAAACCUUGAUUUUAAUCCCUACUCCCGUGGCGUGGAGGCGGGGGUCAGCAGGCCUUGCUGAGCCCUGCCAGCCCCGCCAGCCCAGCCCACCUCCGGACUCGUGUGUGCAGAGACAAGUUGCUGCUGCUUGUGCAAGCCCCUAACUCCCAUUUCUAACCCCAUUAACCCGCAUCCAUCCUGGUGCCUGUGCUGCUCGCCCGUGUGUAGCUGCAGCUGCCGCCUCACUCCUUCCACCCUAAACGUCUCCUCUUUCUUUUCACCCUUUUGUGUUUCUUCUGUCAAGCAGCAAAGAAUUACGGGGUGUUUGACUUCCUCUGAGCUUGCCGCCCGCAGGGGUGAGAGCUGGAGCAUGGCAUGGCAGCUUGGCCCAACAGAGGAGGACACGAAGCCCCAAGGGCGCUGGGCACGUACGGUGCUGAAGAUGGCUUCUUUCCCAAUAGCUGAAGACGCCCCCCGUCCCCUCCACAGCCCUGAGAGGGGAGCAGGGCCCAGCUCCAGCCUUGUGUGUGUUCAGAUCAAUAAAUGUAGCCAUCUCCUGGCCAAUGGCAUGAAUGUUCCAUGGCUUCAGUGCCUCUGGGGAGUGGAGAAGGUGAGGCCCCAGCUGGGAGGGUACCACUCUCUGUUCCCCCACUCCACCACAACAUGCUCAGGCUUGGGCCAGGGUCUGUUACUCUCUGUACAGCAUUACACCCAGUGCACCCCUGUGGCAAGGCCCCACUUGGGUUCGGAGGCAGUACGCUAAUGGGGCUGUGUUCCUGACUGAGUGCUGCUGGGUCAUUAGCUCCCAUGGGAGGUACAGGCCAGCACCAGGAGCCUGAAAUUGCUGAAGUACCUGCCAUCCAUUACUCAAGGCUCUGCUCGUGCCCAUGAGCUGCCUGGUUUGGAUUUGGCUGAACGUGAGGGUUCAAUUGCACCUGCCGCUCUGCAAGUGCGGGUGUCUAGCUCUGAAAAUGUGCCUUUAGUCUAGGCAGCCUCUCCCACCCCCUGCAUGACCAUGGGCCUGGCGACCCAUUCCGUGGCCACAGAGCAUGCUCCAUCCAGGCCUGCUGUGUGUAGCUGGGGGCAAGAGCUACUGGCUGUACUCUCCUACACUGCUGCUUAGCCGCAGGCUCAAGGUGCAGAAGCUAUUAGGCCUAAUCAGAGCAAGAGGAGGGGGUAAGAAGCUGAGUAAGGGGCAGCCUUGGUGUUUCUAGAGGGAGGGCCAGCACAAUGGCAAGUCCCCCUGCGUUUGCUGCCUCCCUCCGUUGUUCUAGAGGGGUAAGGGGCUUCCUGUCCUCAUCCUCUCCAUGGACAAGGGAGGGGUGGGGACGGACCAGGAGACUGGAGAUUGACAGCCUUGGCCCUGCUGUGACAGUCCCUACUUGAGAUGCUGCCCCUUUCUGUGACGUGGUACUGCAGCCCUUGCCUGUGGCAUGUGUGCAGGGCCAGGGCCCUGUCCCGGUGGAGGACUGCAGUCAGUUUAGCUGUUAGAGAAAAGUUCCCUUUUUCUCCAUCAGCCUCCUGGAGUCUCUUGGAGCCCUGCGCCUCCUGCCUGAUGCUGGUGUGACAGAGAGGCUAUCUUGGGUAACUGGCUAGUGCAUGAGACAGUACAUGGUACGCUACGCUCCACCACAGCCAAUGAGGGGCUUUGCCACAAUCUUUCCCUUUCCUCCCUGGGUCCUCUCGCUGCCGUGCAACAGCUUCCUCUGCAACCGUGUAAACUCCUUGGAGUUGUGGUUAUUCUUCUUAGCAGGUGAAAUAUAUCUUACACCUGGCACCAGCUCAUCUACUGCCCUGUCUGCCAUCCCAGCACCAGCCAUCCUGCCCUAUGUGCCAUCCUCCUGCCCCUCUAUCACAGCACCAGCUCUUCUACAGUCGUCCAUUCUUCUAGCUCCCUACCAUGCUACCAGUUCAUCUACUGUGCAUAAUCCUUCAUAUCUACCCUGGUGCCAGCCUGUCUAAUAUCCACUAUCCUGCCAGCUCACGCUGCCACCUACCAUCCUACCCUGCCUUCCAGCCAACUCAUCAUCCUGGCAUUGGCCUGGCUUCUCCCCCUGCCCACUGGGUUUUAUAAAAACAAAACCAAUCUCCUUGUUUUUAUUUAUAAACAUAGUUUUAUUGGAAUCCUGGCUCCUGUUGGUUUUAUUACUCUUCUGUCCUGCGUCUUCGGCUGGUGUGGCUGGCUUGCAGCAGGCUUCCCUCGCUGCUGAGGCCUAGAAUGCUUGAUCCUAUUCAUUUCCUGAUGAGCUCUUCCCAGAUGUUUCCGGCUCUGGCAAGUAAACAGUCACUGUCUGUCCUAUACUGCUGCUCCUCCAACAGAAAGAGACUCUCAUACUCACUGAGGCCCAACCCGCAGGGGUGUGUUAUAUUUUCAAAUGUGUGCCAGGAUGAAGGUCAUUAAGAAAAAGAAGCUGUGACAUCUCUCUUAACUAAAACCUAAACUGCAGGGCUUGAUCUAUUCUUUCUUCUUAGGCCUGUCUUAAAUAGAGGGAAGCUAAUGCAACGCCCAUAGAAUUGAAGGGGAUGGGUGAAUAAUCUCCCCACCCCCUCUCCCUCCAUCUGCUGUGUAUACAUGGCAAUAAAUGGGUUUCAGUAGCAACCCCCACCCCUCUGACAUGUAUGGGGUUCAGUAUACAGCAGGCUGUACGCUACAAAUUUCUGCUGGCAUAGCUGUCGGGCCGGCAGUGUGCAGGGCGUGUGAAAAGCUAGUUUAGGUGCGGUUAUACCUGCAAAACCCCUGCUUAUGGUGGGCUGGCUUAUUUGGUUCGGAGGGGGAUAGAAUAAGCUAUGCUGCCAAAAGUUAAGUUUUGCCAGUAUAAAGUGGGCCUGUGUCUAUGCUAGGAGCACCUUGAUGAUAGGUAUAACUGUACUAGUAAAGCCUUCCAAGUGCAGACUGGGCCUCUACACCUCCCACCUGUCUCCUGCAUGUGACUGCAGUUCUGGUUCCAGCUCAACUUGGCUUCCUGCCUUUGACACCUUUAUCUGUAAUAGCAUCAUAGAAGAGAAUGUGUCCUGUUGCUAAUACAGCAGGCUCGGGCUGAACUGGUCCCUUUGGACAUUUUAGGGCUUUUUCCAGGCCCUGGUUUGGACAAAUGAGGCAGAAGAGUGACCAAGAAAUUAGGAGAGUUGCCAACUCUGGCAAUAGCUGGUGUUUAAACUUGAAGCCCCAGCUUCUGGAGGCAAGUGACUGUGGGAGAAUCUCAGCUUUA